UUGAACGCGAAGGCCAACUUCAGAUGUCCCUCUCUUUUUCAUUUUCUUUUCUCAUUAGAAUCAGUUAAGCUGGUUUUUCAAUAAACCUCGAAGCUGUUGGCCUCUUGCUACUGGUAAUCCUUACUGAAACUUUUUUUUUUUUUUUUCCGCGUCAAAUCUUCGAUCUGUAGAAUCAAUUCCUUCACCAACAAUAUUUUGAUAAGAAGAAAUAGCUAAGCAGAGAUCCAAGAGGAAAAUGGGGAUAGAUGAUGCUCCAUUGGACGAUAAGGCGAAGAGAAUGAGAGAUCUGCUAUCAAGCUUUUACUCUCCCGAUCCUGCAGUGUCAUCCAGCAAUUCUUCAAAGUUCGCUUCCUUAGAUGCUAUCAACACCUCCUCAUUCGACGCAGAUCAGUACAUGAAUCUCUUGGCGCAAAAAUCAAAUUUGGAAGGGCUUUUGCAGAAGCAUGUGGAAAUGGCGGCUGAGAUAAAGAAUCUUGACACUGAUUUGCAAAUGUUAGUGUAUGAAAAUUACAACAAGUUCAUUAGUGCGACUGAUACAAUCAAGAGGAUGAAAAAUAACAUUGUAGGCAUGGAAGCAAAUAUGGAGCAGCUCCUUGAAAAAAUAAUGUCAGUGCAAUCAAGGAGUGAUGGUGUUAACACUUCACUUUUUGAGAAGAGAGAACAUAUAGAGAAAUUGCAUCGCACACGUAACCUCCUUCGUAAAGUUCAGUUCAUAUAUGAUCUUCCUGCUAGACUUGGGAAAUGUAUUAAAUCAGAGGCAUAUGCUGAUGCAGUCAAGUUGUAUACCGGAGCAAUGCCAAUUUUUAAGGCAUAUGGGGAUUCAUCAUUCCAGGACUGUAAGCGAGCAUCUGAAGAAGCUAUGACCACAGUUAUAAAAAAUUUGCAGGGAAAGCUAUCCUCAGAUACUGAAUCCAUACAGGCAAGGGCUGAGGCUGCAGUGCUUCUUAAGCAGUUAGAUUUUCCGGUGGACAACUUAAAAGCUAAACUAUUUGAAAAACUAAAACAAUCUCUUCAGGACCUUCACCUAAAGACAGAAGAAAUACUCAAUGUUUUGCCUAAUUCUAAUGAUCCUUCAAAUCCUGCUACCACAGUUGAUGGUUCUGUUCAUGAGUUUGCGGAAGCUAUCCGAGCUUAUCGAGUAAUAUUUCCAGACUCAGAAAUGCAACUAAUUAAACUUUCACAAGACUUGAUUACCAAGCACUUUGAAAUCACUGAACAAUACGUAAAGGAACGGACUUCUGUUGCAAAAUUUCUGGGUGUUCUCCGACUCAUAUGGAGAGAUGUAGACCUGAUAGAUGAGGUUUUGCAUGAGGCUAUUCUCCCUGACUAUUCUUUGGAGGCUGCCCAGGUUGUUGUCAAGCAGUAUGUUGCAAGCACAUUUUCUCACCUUUUGCGUGAUAUCUCAGAUUCCCUUACUGUUAACGUCUAUAUUAAACAAAAGGAGGGAGAGGAAGAGCAUCCCUUGCAGGUUGCUCUGGAGACCAGCAAAAACACAAUGCUUCAAGGAAGCAUGGAUCUCUUAGAGGACUUUCGCCAACUUCUUGAUGAAGAUAUAGGAUUGCUUCUUAAAUUGAGAGACUCGAUUGUUGAUUGGGUUCAAGAAGGAUUUCAGGACUUCUUCAGGGCUCUGGAUCAUCACUUCCUCUUGCUUUCUGGAAGAAAUAAAUUAGCUACUCAAGAUCGAGUUUUGACAGAGGGAAUGCCAGUUGACAAAGUGCUUGCUGGUCUUGUCCUGGUGUUGGCUCAACUUUCUGUUUUUAUUGAACAAACUGCCAUCCCAAGAAUUACUGAGGUAAUAGCCACUUCAUUCUCUGGUGGUGGUGUUCGAGGCUUUGAAAAUGGGCCUGCUUUUGUUCCCGGUGAAAUUUGUCGAAUUUUUCGGUCAGCCGCUGAAAAGUUUCUGCACCAUUAUAUAACUUUGAGAACUCAGAGAGUGUCAGUUCUAUUGAAGAAGAGGUUUAAAGCUCCUAAUUGGGUCAAGCACAAGGAGCCAAGAGAAGUUCAUAUGUUCGUUGAUUUAUUUCUUCAAGAGUUGGAAGCAACAGGUACUGAAGUAAAGCAGAUUCUACCUCAGGGAGCUAUUCGCAAGCAUCGUCGUUCUGAAAGCAAUGGAAGCACUGCAUCUUCUCGCAGCAAUCCAUUACGAGAUGAUAAAAUGAGUCGAUCGUAUACUCAAAGGGCUAGGAGUCAGCUCUUGGAAACCCACCUGGCAAAAUUGUUCAAGCAAAAAGUUGAGAUUUUUACAAAAACUGAAUUUACACAGGAAUCUGUGGUAACUACUAUAGUAAAACUUUGCCUUAAAAGUUUGCAAGAAUUUGUCCGACUCCAAACUUUUAAUCGGAGUGGGUUUCAGCAAAUUCAGUUGGAUAUUCAGUUUCUAAGGGCUCCAUUAAGGGAAACUGUUGAAGAUGAAGCAGCCAUAGACUUUUUGCUUGAUGAGGUGAUUGUUGGUGCUUCAGAACGUUGUCUUGACCCAAUUCCUCUUGAGCCUCCCAUCUUGGACAAGCUAAUUCAAGCAAAGUUGGCCAAAAAGAGGGAAGAGAAUGCAAUUGCUUCAUAACUAGGGAGUGUCAAAUAAGUGAUUGCAUUGUUUUUCAGUCAUCAAGAAGUGGCAACUCAAUACCUGACUGGAACGAUCGAAAUAAGAAGCUUCACUGGCAUCUUCGGGCAUAUUUUGUGUGUUAAGUUGAUUGGUACAGUCGAGUCUCAGGAGGCUUCUAACACUGGAAAUAUUUGAGCUAUUACUGCAAAAUGACUACAAAUAACCUUCAGUCUGUAUUCCUGCAACAAUGAAGUUCACUCUUGAAAGUUUUGACCUUUGAUUGAGCCUGACCUGAUUUGCAUUAUUUUUGUCUUUCUGCUGAGCUAGUUACCAGCACACGCAAGCCAAGAUGCAACUUGUAUGGAAUGUUCAAUGUCCCCUAUACCUUUGGGAUCGUAUAGCUGAAACAUUGGCUGUGUAUAUGUGAUUACAUACAUGUAAAAUACGCCAAUAUUAUUUAUGAGGCAUGCCUCUUUUAUUUUUUUUAUUUUUUUUUUUUCCGGGGGAGGGGGGAAUUGGUAGUGCCUGUGGGGCCUAUCAAUCAUUGGUGGACCUUCCCUUGCUUGUAAUUCAGUGUUUCAGGAGGAUUAUGGCGCGAUGUUGCAGUUUUUUCUCAAUUGUGUGUGAACUUUAUUUCCAUUUUUGUAUUCAAAGUGAUAAAUUACAUGGGGGGAAGGAAUUGAUAA